AGGAAAAGGGAGGGAGGGAGGGCGGCCGCUGCUCCCAGGAGCGUCGCCCGGCGCUGCAGAGAGACAAAAUGUCGGCCAGACCCGCCGCCAAGAACACAGUAAUGGAGGAAACAGCUAUAUGGGAACAACACACAGUGACGCUUCACAGGGCUCCUGGAUUUGGGUUUGGAAUUGCAAUAUCGGGAGGAAGAGAUAACCCUCAUUUCCAGAGUGGUGAAACCUCAAUAGUCAUUUCAGAUGUGCUGAAAGGAGGUCCAGCUGAAGGACAGCUGCAGGAAAAUGACCGCGUUGCGAUGGUUAAUGGCGUUUCUAUGGAUAAUGUGGAACAUGCUUUUGCGGUCCAACAACUGAGGAAAAGUGGGAAGAAUGCAAAAAUUACCAUUCGCAGGAAGAAGAAAGUUCAAAUAGCGGUAGCCCGCUCAGAGCCUGAACCAGUGUCUGAAAAUGAAGAAGACAGUUACGACGACGACGUCCACGAUGUAAGAACUGCCCGCGGUGGUACAGUCGGGAGCAGGAGGAGCGAGAAGAGCUGGGCGAGGGAUCGGAGCGCUAGUCGAGAGCGGAGUCUGUCUCCUCGGUCCGACAGACGCUCGGUGGCCUCUAGCCAACGUGCGAAACCUACCAAAGUAACACUGGUGAAAUCCAGAAAGAAUGAAGAAUAUGGCCUUCGUUUGGCCAGCCAUAUAUUUGUUAAAGAAAUAUCCCAAGACAGUUUGGCAGCCAGAGAUGGCAACAUCCAAGAAGGUGAUGUUGUGUUGAAGAUAAAUGGCACCGUGACAGAAAAUAUGUCACUGUCAGAUGCAAAGACAUUAAUAGAAAGAUCAAAAGGCAAGUUGAAAAUGGUGGUUCAGAGAGAUGAGCGAGGUACUCUGUUGAACGUCCCCGAUCUCACUGACAGUAUUCAUUCCGCUAAUGCUUCAGAAAGAGAUGACAUUUCAGAAAUUCAGUCGCUGGCAUCUGAUCAUUCCAACCGAUCCCAUGACCGGCCUCGCCGCAGCCGAUCGCGCUCUCCCGACCAGAGGCCAGAGCCUCCGGACCAUGCCAGACAUUCUCCCCAGCAGCCCAGCAAUGGCAGUCUCCGGAGCAGAGAAGAGGAGAGAAUCCCCAAGCCUGCGACCGUCUCUACACCUGUAAAAAACGUAGAUGAUCCCACUCUUUCAAAAACUGUGGAAGAAGCAGUAGUUGAAAGGAGUGAAAAGCAAGCUCCGUCACUUCCAGAGCCAAAGCCAGUGUAUGCUCAGGUUGGACAGCCGGAUGUGGAUUUACCUGUCAGCCCAUCCGAUGGCCCCCUGCCCAAUUCCACUCAUGAAGACGGCAUGCUGCGACCAAGCAUGAAACUGGUAAAAUUUAGAAAAGGAGACAGCGUGGGCUUGCGGCUGGCUGGCGGUAACGAUGUAGGAAUAUUUGUCGCCGGAGUUCUGGAGGAUAGUCCUGCAGCCAAAGAAGGCCUAGAAGAAGGAGACCAAAUUCUCAGGGUAAACAAUGUAGACUUCACUAAUAUCAUCCGCGAAGAGGCUGUUCUUUUCCUUCUUGACCUUCCUAAAGGAGAGGAAGUGACAAUCUUAGCCCAGAAGAAGAAGGAUGUUUAUCGCCGAAUUGUCGAAUCGGAUGUAGGCGAUUCCUUCUACAUUAGAACUCAUUUUGAAUAUGAAAAAGAGUCCCCUUAUGGGCUAAGCUUCAACAAAGGAGAGGUGUUCCGCGUCGUGGACACCUUAUAUAAUGGCAAACUGGGAUCUUGGCUGGCUAUUCGAAUUGGCAAAAAUCACAAGGAGGUAGAAAGAGGAAUCAUUCCUAACAAAAACAGGGCUGAGCAGUUAGCCAGUGUGCAGUACACGCUCCCCAAAACAGCCGGGGGAGAUCGUGCUGACUUCUGGAGGUUCCGAGGCCUUCGCAGCUCCAAGAGAAACCUUCGGAAAAGCCGAGAGGAUCUGUCCGCCCAGCCUGUUCAAACCAAAUUCCCAGCUUAUGAAAGAGUUGUUCUCCGAGAAGCUGGAUUUCUCAGGCCUGUAACUAUCUUUGGACCAAUAGCUGACGUCGCCCGAGAGAGGCUGGCAAGAGAAGAGCCAGAUAUUUAUCAAGUUGCAAAAAGUGAACCAAGAGAUGCUGGUACUGACCAACGAAGCUCUGGCAUCAUCCGUCUUCAUACAAUAAAGCAAAUCAUUGACAGAGACAAGCACGCUUUACUAGAUGUAACGCCGAAUGCAGUUGAUCGUCUGAAUUACGCACAGUGGUAUCCCAUUGUGGUAUUCCUUAACCCUGACUCGAAGCAGGGUGUGAAAACAAUGAGGAUGAGAUUGUGCCCGGAGUCACGGAAAAGUGCCCGGAAGUUAUACGAACGAUCUCACAAACUUCGCAAAAAUAACCACCAUCUCUUCACAACUACCAUUAAUUUAAAUUCGAUGAAUGACGGCUGGUAUGGGGCACUGAAAGAAGCAAUUCAGCAUCAACAGAACCAACUGGUAUGGGUUUCAGAAGGAAAGGCGGAUGGUGCUACAAGUGAUGACCUUGAUUUGCAUGAUGAUCGUCUGUCCUACCUGUCAGCCCCAGGUAGUGAAUAUUCAAUGUAUAGCACGGACAGUAGACACACUUCUGACUAUGAAGACACAGAUACAGAAGGCGGGGCCUACACUGAUCAAGAACUAGAUGAAACUCUUAAUGAUGAGGUGGGGACUCCUCCGGAGUCUGCCAUUACACGGUCCUCUGAACCCGUAAGAGAGGACCCUGCCGGGAUUCAUCACGAAAGUCAAACAUAUCCUCCUUACUCACCACAAGCGCAGCCACAACCAAUUCAUAGGCUAGACUCCCCUGGAUUUAAAACAGCCUCGCAACAGAAAGGAGAAGCCUCAUCAACAACCCCUUCCCUUUCCCCGUCGCCUGAAACCACCCCUGCAUCAUCAACCUCUGCCGUUAAUCUUAACAUAAACGUAACUAAGGUCAGAUUGGAGGAGCCCAUCCCAACUCCUCCCAACUCUUACCAACUACCAGCUGGCCCCUUAACACCAACAAUCCCUGAGGCAGCACGCGUAAUACUAAAGGAUCGAGAGCCACCAUUGUCAUCGCAUGUAGACCCAGCCAAGGUGUAUAGAAAGGAGCCAUAUCCCGAGGAGCCACCGAGGCAAAACUAUGGCAUAAAGCAGCCAGCUCUUAAUCAUCCAGUGCAGAGGCAGGAAAAAGAAGCUACUUUGAGUUAUGAGCCCCAGCUUCCAUAUGCAGAGAAACAGCCUCACAGAGAAUACGAGCAGUCAACCUACAGAUACGAGUCGGCGGGCUACGCGGAUCAGUUUUCCCAGAAUUACGAACCUCGCCUACAUUACGAUGACCAGGUGCCUCCCUACGAGGAGCACUGGGCGUAUUACGACGACAGGCAGCCGUACCCUCCCAGGGCUUUCGAUGCCCCGCAUCCCGACUCCCGGCAACAUCCCGCCGAGGCUCCGGAACGUAGCUACCUCCAAGGGCAGCCUCGUUUUGAGGAGCCACCCCCGAUGACGUACGAUAGCAGGCCCCGCUAUGAACACCCACCCCAAAACUUCACUGUGCCCCAACGGCGAUAUGAGGAGCAGACUGCUCACGGUAGAUAUAAACCAGAAGCUCAGGCCUUCCCGCAAGCGACGUCCAAGUCUCCCGAGCCAAAGCAGUAUUUCGACCAACACCCGAGGAAUUACGAACAAGGCCCCCCACCCCAAGGAUUCAACUCAAAAGCACCGUCGUACGAGCCUGCCCACGGCCCCGCGGGCGUUCCUUCCCCGCAACCCUCAUCCCAAAACAAAGCCGAAGUUCUGCCUUCCAGCAACAAACCACUGCCCCCACCACCUACCGUAACUGAAGAAGAGGAAGAUCCGGCCAUGAAGCCCCAGUCCGUCCUUACGAGGGUCAAAAUGUUUGAAAACAAAAGGUCAGCCUCUUUGGACAGCAGGAAGGAUCUUAACGACACACCGGCAGUUAAGCCUCUAGAAGUGGCACCCAGGCCCUCUGGUGUGGCAGUGAGUGGACCCAAACCGACGUCACAGAAUCAGUUCAGUGAACAUGACAAGACACCCUACAGGAUCCCAGAACCCCAGAAACCGCAAGUGAAAGUGCCCGAUGAUAUCGUACGUUCAAAUCACUAUGAUCCUGAGGAAGAUGAAGAAUACUAUCGAAAGCAACUCUCUUACUUUGAUCGCAGAAGUUUUGACAACAAACCGUCGGCCCAAGUUCCAGCCAACCAUCUCCCCGAACCUGCCAAACCAAUAAAUUCACAGAAUCAACCAGAUUUUUCUAGUUACUCAUCUAAGGGAAAGCCCGCUGAUACCGAAGGCGUGGAUAGGCCUUUUGGUGAAAAACGCUAUGAACCUGUUCAGGUUACUCCUCCGCCACCUCUUCCGACUCAGUACAGCCAGUCUUCUCAACCCAGCACCAACUCUUCACUUUCUCUUCAGGCCCUUGCCAAGACACCACUCUCUGAGGGUAACUCACUGUCAGUGGACUAUCCUCACUCCACAAUGUCCAAGCCAGAACCACCCCCACCUCAAAAUAAGCCAACUUUCAAACCUUCAAACCGAGAGGAAACUCACCAGCCCACUUUCUACCCUCAGAAAAGCUUCCCCGACAAAGGUCCCGUUAACGGAGCCGAACAAACUCAGAAAACAGUCACUCCGGCCUACAACCGCUUUACGCCCAAACCCUAUACCAGUUCCGCCAGGCCGUUUGAACGCAAAUUUGAAAGCCCCAAAUUCAACCAUAAUCUCCUGCCAAAUGAAGCUCAGCAUAAACCAGAGUUGCCCUCAUCAAGGCCCCCGAGUUCUCCUCCCACCAUCAUGAAAGCACAUGGCUCGUCCCAACCGCCAGAUUUUGACAGUGGCGUGGAAAGUUUCUCCAUUCAGACGGAAAAACCCAAGUACCAACCCAACAAUAUUAGCGCAGUGCCUAAAGCCAUUCCAGUAAGCCCUUCAGCUUUGGAAGAUGAUGAGGAUGAGGAUGGUCACACUGUGGUGGCAACGGCAAGAGGAAUUUUUAACAGUAAUGGCGGCGUAUUAAGUUCGAUUGAAACUGGAGUUAGUAUAAUUAUUCCACAAGGAGCCAUUCCUGAAGGCAUCGAACAAGAAAUCUAUUUCAAGGUCUGCCGAGAUAAUAGCAUUUUGCCACCUCUAGAUAAAGAAAAAGGUGAAACCUUGCUCAGCCCUCUAGUUAUGUGUGGACCCCACGGACUAAAGUUCCUGAAGCCAGUGGAGCUGCGCUUACCACACUGUGCGUCUAUGACUCCUGAUGGUUGGUCUUUUGCUCUAAAAUCAUCCGACUCCUCGUCGGGUGACCCUAAAACCUGGCAGAAUAAGUCUCUUCCCGGAGAUCCUAAUUAUCUUGUUGGAGCAAACUGUGUUUCUGUGCUGAUUGACCACUUCUAAUCCUUAAACCAGAAGCUUGAGGAAACAGUGUGAAACUGGGUUAGACUUAAUGAAUCGAAAUGGAACCACUCUCUCUAGUAUUACGCGUUCAUAAGUGAUGCUGGGACUUCUUAGUGUUAAGCAUUUUGGUUCAACUGAUGACGGUGAGCAAGUUCGCCUUGACCCCCACCACGCUCAGUCAGACAUACCGCAAGCCACAGAGAUGGGAGAGGGGGGAAAGUAGCUGAAGAUUGGGAAAGUGACUGGGAUUCUCUGAUACUUUGCUUCGUGAUGGUAUUGUAUUUUAAAGUUGUGGGGGUUUUUUGUUAUUAUUUUGAAUGGGCACCGCUACUUCCGCAUAGGUGGAUUUCACUCCAUUACCAGUGAGCGGACGGGUUGCGUUCUCGGUUGAGUAUUAUCUCCUUAAGUUCGUGGGUAAAAAUGCAGCAUUUUGGCCCCCGAUUGCUUUUGGCCUUUUUAACAUGCACAGAGUAUUCAAUGAAUGAAUGUUUUGAAAGACCAGUGUGUUAGAGGUAAUAGCAUCCUGCUCCUGGGACAGGUUAGCAUUACUUUGGCAGGCAAGUAAGAGCAAGUUGACCAACUGUACGUGAAAACACUUGAGUCGUCAGGAAGAAUACAAAGCGUCUGAGACUAUGGUUUGGUGGCCACUAUGGAUUUUGUAAAUUAACCUUAUUACUACAGACAUAUUAACCAGCAGGGAUGCCUUACCCUCUUGUUUUUAAUAUAGUCUUAGUUCAUCCUAGCUCUGUAUCACUAAGUUUGUACGGCUUUUGUGCUUAUAUGGAUACAGUAAUAUAUCAUGAGACAGACUGAGAAAACGACUAAUUCUGAACUUUCGCUGGUUUAAACAAAGUAUGAGCGAUCAGCCUGAAAAGACCCAGAAGAAAAUAGUGGUAUGGCUUUUUUUGCUAUGCAUUGAAAAUUUAUUGAAAAUGUUAUAAGGAUGCUUGUACAUAAUGCGUGCAUACCACUUUUGUUCUUGGUUUGUAAAUUAACUUUUAUAAACUUUACCUUUUUUAUAUAUAUAAAAAACAAAACCAAGUUUCUUAAGGGUAUCUUUGUAUUCUCUCCUAUACCUUUUGAGCCUUGAACUUCAACAUCUGCAGCAAUAAAGCAGCAUUUCUACGAUCCAAAAGCGAGGACAUUUUUUAGAAAAAAAAAAUGCACAGUUGUUACAUUUUUAAGUGCUGCAUUUAAAAAACAUUCAGAAUUCUCUAGUUUCAUUAAAUUCUUGAAAAGUAUCCCUACUGUAAUUUGUGAUACAAAUGCUGUACUAUGUGCCCUGAAAUGUAUUUUUUUACUAAUAGACAAUUUAUUACGGCACAUCAGCACAAUUUCUGUUUAGAUAAUAUACCACUGCAUUCUGUUAAUCAGUUAUUAGCUAUUCAAGUGUGGCCUCUUUUUUUCUUUGCAGUUAUUAAAAUUUCAAAUUUCUAAAUCUACCAAAUAAAACUUUUUAAAAUAAAUAA